AUGAGAGUAUAUAUUAAACCUGGUGGUCAACGAGGUUAUUCAGGGCAUUGUAUUAACCUGCCACAAAAUGUCACAGAGCUUGCAACAUCUUUGCCAAGAUAUCCCAAAGACUUGGCAGUGAUUAUUGUCAAGGUAAAAGGUAAAGACAAUACCUUCAAAGAUGCCAGGGUGCGAAAACAAAAAGUGCACAAUGCUUUAGUUUGCCUUAUUAAUAAUAACCCACAUUAUUCUGAGAUAUUAAUAAAUGAAGAUGCAUUAAACUCUUUACCUGAGAAUGGUGUACCACCAGAUCUUAGGACUGUUGAGACUGAUGAUGAUAUAGUCUCUGAUGAUAAUGGUUCUUCUGAUUUAGGGCCUACUACCGAUAACACGUCAGAGGAUAUUGCUUACAAUGACUCUACUGAAAUGAGUAGUUUUUUACCUGUUGGUGAACAACAGCAAAAAGAAAUUGAAGCUGUGACAAAUCAGCUUUGUGAAAAUGAGCCAAUUGAAUGGCCUUCAGUCGAAAAUGAACCAUUGAAUGAGUAUCCGGUUUCACAUUUGGCCACAAUGGCUUUUCCAACUUUAUAUCCUGAUGGCAAAGGUGAUCCUACUAAUCAAGGACUUCUGAGAGAUGUCCCUCUUGAGGAACGAAUAAAGCAUCUAUUAAAAUUUGCUGAAAUUAUUGAUGGUAAAUGGGUAUAUCGUUUUGCUAACCAUCCCCGAUUUUCAUAUUGGGCUUUUGACAUGAUUCAAAGAAAACGAAUCUUACAGCAAAGUGGAAUAUUUUUAAAACAAAACCCAGGUGAAGUACAUCUCACCAUCGAUGAGCUGCAUGAAAUGGCUGCCAGUAACAAUGCUAAUGUGUUUAUGUCUAAAGUGUCUAGAUAUGUUGGCAAUAUUGCAGGUACUAAUGCUUAUUGGAAUAAAGUAAGAGAAGAGCUUAAAGCUAUUAUAACUAGUGUUGGAGCACCAACAUUAUUUUUUACAUUUUCCUCUGCAGAUAUGCAUUGGCCUGAAUUGCAUGCUUUAUUUAAAGCUGAUGCAGAUAGUGAUAUUAGUAAUUCUACCAGUGAGGUAAGACGACAAAAUGUUAUUAACAAUCCCCACGUUGUAGAUUGGUUUUUUACCCAAAGACUAGAAAGCUUUGUAAAACACUGGCUUUAUGAUACACUUGGUGCUAAAUGGCACUGGUUUAGAUAUCAAUACCAAGGUAGAGGUAGUAUCCACUGUCAUGGUACUGCUAAACUAAAUAAUGACCCAGGUUUGUGUCAACUUACUCAGACUGCUUUGAAAGGUUUCUUAGCUCAAAACUUUAAAGAUGAAAAUGAUUGUUCUGACACAAUUGAACUAGAUGAGGAUAUUGAAGCUGGUCACAAUGCUGCUGAUACAGUAUGUCAGUAUGUUGAUUGGUUGUUAUCAACCGUCAAUCCUAAUUCACCAGAUGAGGACAUGUGGAUAAGACCUGAAAAGUUCAUCCAUGUCAAAGAAGUCAUCAGGGCAUUCCUGAACAUGAAAAACAAUCUGAUUACACAGAUCUCUUAA